GCACGGCGGUAGCGACCGGCGGCCAUCUUUCCUCCCGCCGCCGCUCCGGGCGCGAGUGUGACGGGCCGGCUUCCCCGCGGCGCCCUGGGCCGGGCCGGAGCGGGCGGAGGCGUGGAUGAGGGGGGACGUGAGGCGGAGCCCCCUCACAGUCACCGCCCCCCACGCGCGGACAGGCCCGGCGGGCGCAACACCGGGGUGGGCUCGAGGUCGCCCCCCGGCGCGGCCCGUCCUCCCCGCCGGGACCCUCCCGCCGCUUUCAAGCCCGGGCCCCUCCCCGAUGGGCUAGGGCGGCGGCAAAGAUGUUCAGCUUCGAAGGGGAUUUCAAAACGAGGCCCAAAGUGUCCCUCGGGGGCGCGAGCAGGAAGGAAGAAAAGGCUUCUCUUUUACAUCGUACUCAGGAAGAAAGAAGAAAGAGAGAGGAAGAAAGGCGAAGAUUGAAAAAUGCAAUAAUUAUUCAGUCAUUUAUUCGAGGCUAUCGAGAUAGAAAACAGCAAUACGCCAUUCAAAGAACUGCUUUUGACCACUGUGCUAACUCACCCCAGGCUGGGGGCACGCUUUCCAUUGCCAAUGGUCCCAACCUGACGGUUUUGGUGAGGCAGCUUCUGUUUUUUUACAAACAGAAUGAAGACUCAAAACGUUUGAUAUGGAUGUGCCAGAACCUAAUUAAGCACAGCUCUCUGUUUGUCCAGCAGUUGGAUGGAUCCGACAGACUUACAUGCUUAUUUCAGAUAAAGAGGUUGAUGAGCCUCUGUUGCAGAUUAUUGCAAAACUGUAAUGAUGACAGUUUGAAUGUUGCGCUUCCAAUGAGAAUGCUUGAGGUGUUUUCAUCUGAGAAGACUUACUUACCUGUUUUACAAGAUGCUAGCUAUGUGGUGUCCGUAAUUGAGCAAGUUUUGCACUACAUGAUUCAGAAUGGGUAUUAUAGAUCUCUCUAUUUGUUAAUUAACAGCAAGCUUCCAUCAAGUAUUGAGUAUUCUGAUUUAUCUCGAGUUCCUAUAGCAGAAGUUUUGUUAGAGAAUGUCCUAAAACCGUUGCACUUUACUUACAACUCCUGUCCAGAGGGCGCCAGGCAGCAAGUGUUCUCGGCCUUCACGGAGGAGUGUUUGGCAGCCCCUUUCACAGAGCAGAUCUUUCACUUCAUCAUUCCCGCGCUGGCGGACACCCAGGCCGCCUUCCCCUUCGAGCCCUUCCUGGACGCACUGCUGUCGGCGGAGAGCGGUGGCGCCAGGGCUCCCGGGCACGCACCCUGGCUCUUCUACUGUGUCCUGACCAUCGGUGAAAAUUACCUGGGGGCCCUCUCUGAGGAGGGCCUGCUGGGGUACCUGCGAGUGCUGCAGGCCUUCCUUGCACAGCUACCCGUUGCACCUGCCAGUGCCAGCUGCCAGGACUCUGGCAGCGACUCUGAAGAGGAGGGUGCGGAGGGCGAGCAGCGGAGGAGUACACCGGUGGACGGGAGACUGUCAUUACCAUACAUAACAGAGGAAUGUCUGAAAAAGCUGGAUACGAAGCAGCAGACCAACACGCUGCUCAACCUGGUGUGGAGGGACUCGGCCAGCGAGGAGGCCUUCACGCUGAUGGCCUGCAUCUGCCACACGCUCAUGGUGCAGCAGCGGAUGAUGGUGCCCCGAGUCAGGCUUCUCUACAGCUUGGCCUUUAACGCCAGGUUUCUGAGGCACCUUUGGGUUCUCAUAUCCUCAAUGACAACACAGAUGAUCACAGGGUCGAUGGUGCCGCUGCUUCAGGUGAUUUCAAGGGGCUCUCCCAUGUCCUUUGAAGAUUCCAGCCGCAUCAUCCCACUCUUCUACCUGUUCAGCUCCUUGUUUAGUCACUCUCUGAUCUCCAUACAUGAUAAUGAGUUCUUCGGGGACCCCAUAGAAGCCGCAGGUCAGAGACAAUCAUCCCUGAUGCCCUUCACUCUGGAAGAGUUGGUGGUGCUGUCCCGCUGCCUCCGCGACGCCUGCCUCGGGAUCAUCAAGCUAGCUUACCCGGAGACCAAGCCCGAGGUCCGGGAAGAGUACAUCACCGCGUUCCAGAGCAUCGGGGUGACCACGAGCGCCGAGAUGCAGCAGUGCAUCCAGACAGAGCAGAAGCGGUGGAUCCAGCUGUUCAAGGUCAUCACCAAUCUGGUGAAGAUGUUGAAGUCCAGAGACACGAGGAGAAACUUCUGCCCCCCAAACCACUGGCUGUCAGAGCAGGAAGACAUCAGAGCAGAUAAGGUCACUCAGCUGUACGUGCCAGCUGCCAGACAUAUGUGGAGGUUUCGGCGGAUGGGGAGGAUCGGCCCCCUGCAGUCCACCCUGGAUGUGGGGUUGGAGUCGCCUGCCCUGUCUGUAUCUGAGGAGAGACAGCUUGCCAUCCUGACAGAGCUGCCCUUCGUGGUUCCAUUUGAAGAGCGGGUAAAGAUCUUUCAAAGGUUGAUUUAUGCAGACAAGCAAGAAGUUCAAGGAGAUGGCCCAUUUCUGGAUGGAAUUAAUGUCACAAUAAGAAGGAAUUAUAUUUAUGAGGAUGCUUAUGACAAACUUUCCCCAGAAAAUGAGCCUGACCUGAAGAAGCGCAUCCGCGUCCACCUGCUCAACGCGCACGGCCUGGACGAAGCCGGCAUCGACGGCGGCGGCAUCUUCCGGGAGUUUCUGAACGAGCUGCUGAAGUCGGGCUUCAACCCUAACCAGGGCUUCUUCAAGACGACGAACGAGGGCCUCCUGUACCCCAACCCGGCUGCGCAAAUGCUCGUGGGGGACUCCUUCGCCCGACAUUACUACUUCCUGGGCAGAAUGCUUGGAAAGGCUCUCUACGAAAACAUGCUGGUGGAGCUGCCCUUUGCGGGCUUCUUCCUGUCCAAGCUGCUGGGCACCAGUGCCGACGUGGACAUCCACCACCUGGCCUCCCUGGACCCGGAGGUUUACCGGAACCUGCUGUUCCUCAAGAGCUACGGGGGCGACGUGGAGGAGCUGGGGCUGAACUUCACUGUGGUGAACAACGACCUCGGGGAGGCCCAGGUAGUAGAACUGAAAUUCGGCGGGAAGGAUAUCCCUGUCACCAGUGCGAACCGGAUCGCGUACAUCCACCUGGUGGCCGACUACAGGCUGAACAGGCAGAUCCGCCAGCACUGCCUGGCCUUCCGGCAGGGCCUGGCCAACGUGGUCAACUUGGAGUGGCUGCGCAUGUUCGACCAGCAAGAGAUUCAGGUACUGAUUUCUGGUGCACAAGUUCCCAUAAGUCUAGAGGACCUGAAGUCCUUUACCAACUACUCAGGGGGCUAUUCCGCCGACCACCCUGUGAUCCGAGCCUUCUGGCGCGUCGUGGAGGGCUUCACCGACGAGGAGAAGCGCAAACUGCUCAAGUUCGUCACCAGCUGCUCCCGGCCCCCUCUCCUGGGGUUUAAGGAGCUGUACCCCGCCUUCUGCAUUCACAACGGCGGCUCCGACCUGGAGCGGCUGCCCACCGCCAGCACCUGCAUGAACCUGCUGAAGCUGCCCGAGUUCCAGGACGAGGCGCUGCUGCGCAGCAAGCUGCUCUACGCCAUCGAGUGCGCCGCGGGCUUCGAGCUGAGCUGAGCCCGGCGCAGCGGCCUCUGCAGAGAACUGUGUCGCCGCCUCGUAAGUAGCCCCUCCCAGGCCCACGAGGACGCUCAGGCUGGCUCCCACUGCUCUCCUGCCCUCCGUUUUUUACAUGGUUUCAGCCACUGUCACUUACUCAGAUGGGCAUUGCUUUUUAAGUAACUUAAAUUUAAAUAACAUGUCAUGUGCCAUGCGGCUCAUUCAGUAAUUUUGCCAAGAACACAGUUUUAAGACAAGUGGCAACUCAGUGAAAUUAACCAAAGAUGCAGCUUUGGCGUUGUGACGGGUUCCAGGCUCCCUCUGCUGGGCCCCUGGGCUGUGAGUGCCCUCUGCUGGGCGCCCCUGGGCUGAGGGGCCCUGGGCAGGCCCCGGGCGCUGCUGCUGUUCACAGACUGUGGGUUGGGUGCCGACUCAGGGGCACUGCUUCUCGUGGGCUGAGCUGUUUACAAGCCUGAUUGUUCAAACUCCUGCUGCCUUUCCCUGAGGGCGAGGGCUGGAGAAGAAACGCGUGGCGGUGGCGUCCUGUGCUCGCCAGGCCGUGGCUCCCACAGGUGCUGGGGCGCACCGUGGGCCUCCUCACUGGCCUGGCUGUUACUGUGGGGCGGGGAGGGCUCCGUCUUACCCAUGUCUCCACUCUGUCUGGAGAGCUCUAGGGAGAGGGGUCUGUGACCACAGUAAGUGACAACGUGGGAGCAGACGCUGAGCUCGAUCCAGUCACUUGAACCAAACACCUCGUCCGGGGGCAGCGGCGUUGCCCUGGAUGUUGGGGUGACCUGCCACGCUUCUGCACCCUCCGCUUCCUCAAUGGUGCUGCUUUGAAGGCGGGACAGUCCCCACACGCGCCUAGGGAGGAGUGCGGGCCAUUUCCGCGCAAUCGGCACUUUAUCAGGACCCCAUGGUUGCUGGCAGCGGCGGCGGUGAGAGCCGGGCCUCCUCGCCAGCGGCGGCAGCCUGGACUCGGCCCCGGCUCCAGCUCCGCUCCCCUCCGCGGCCCCGCUGGGCUCCGGGCUGACCCUCCAACUGACUCGAUUAGCAAUAUCCUUCCACGUGCGGGACUGAAUGACACUUUUAAGACAAUGACCAUUAUCAAACAUGUAAUUUCUUAAUUGGAAUAAUAAAUUAAGUGUUAAAUGCUAUUUGUAGUCUUGAUAUACACAGAAAUAAAAUAAUUAGGGUUUGUC